ACGUCUCCCAUUGUCUCCAAUUCAAGCCACCAAUCACCAGUGCCAUCGUUCACCCACUGGCCUGCUGUUUCCUCUGUUCCUCUGUUGUCUACCGCCGUGAAAUCGUCAUUCGAUGAAAAUGUGUGACAACAAUUGAAGUGGUGGACGGUGUUUCGGCCAGUGGCACUGCUAAACGUGAAUGGCAUGGCAACCGCAGAGGUGGCAGACCCAUGCAGCAUCUUGGGUAUGUGCCGGUUUUCUUGUCGUCUGCAUAACAAAUAUAUAUCUUGUUGUGGAUAUAAUGACUAUCCACAACGCCUCGUCUGUGAAUUAUCGAGAAGAUACCGUGAACCAGCAAUACGUAACAAAUUACCUGGAGCAAACCUUAUCAAGCAACAGAGCUACUAUCGGGACUAUCAGUCUUCAAGCAAUGACUAUAAACUAUAUAAUGCAGGCUGAGACCCCCGAUAAAGAUGCCAUCGAAGCGACAACCGUGAACAACACUGCGUCACACUAUCAGAAGCCUACAUGCAAACAAGACCACAAGCAGACUGCCCACGGCAGGGCCACAACGACGGACAAGAAGAUGGCCACCAACGUAUUGCCGCCGAUGACUCGCAAUGCAAUACAUAUCAAGCCCAAAGUACUACCAACAAGGCCAGAUCCGCUGGUUAACAUCACGGCAGCCUUCCAUGAAUUUAACGUGCGAUUGACUAAAGCACUGAUCGACGGCAAGUUACCCGCAUUACCGCUUGUCUACGACGAAGAGAAUUCGUGGAAAGAAUGUUUUCCUAUGACCUUUAUCUUCUCUGCAUUCUUGGAGCGCGAUUCGAACGGUGACCCUUACGUUCUGGUCGUCAGCAUCGUUCAGAACUCCGGACCAAUUGUCGCAAACGCUAUGUGCAUCGUCCGUAAUAAAACUUACAGCAUUGUAGUCCCAGCCGGAGUGAAGCCCUUACCAGAAGAUCAUGAAGCGCUGUUCACAGCAUCUUAUUUCAUCUGCCGACUUAAUGGCAUGGACAUUCAUAAGAGCUCAGACUUACAAGUCACGAUAACUGAUGAUGAUACCAAGCCAGAUAUGACGUGGAUUCCUGUGCUUACACGGGGAAAGAUAUCCAAUGAAUUCGCCGUCUGCAUGCAGCCGACGUACGGCCGACGAACCAACCUGGUUCAAAUGGCAGAGUUCAUCGCGUACUACACAGUUAUAGGAGUUACACGGUUCACGUUCUACGCAUACGACAUGUCACCUGCAGAGGAGCAGUUGCUACUCCGAUUGCGGGAACGAAAACAUAUCGCUAUAGUUCUUCUAAGGUGGAACAUCCCUACGGGGGACGUUCAUACGAACGGCCAAAUGGCUGCCAUGCAGGACUGCAUCCACCGGGAACGUUUCUUCUCAGAGUACGUCUUGAACGUCGAUAUCGACGAAUUCAUCGUGCCCAAGAUAGCCUGGGACUUGCAUCAAGCCAUCGAGCUUCUGGGAAAGGACCGGAACUAUGGAAGUUUCACCAUUCUCCACAGGCCCUUCUGUGUCGAAUACAGGUUGUUUGCCCCGCAUUUUGAACUGGAAGUUCCGUUGGUGACGCGGGUUUACACCAUGAGGAACACCUUGGGCUGGCCACUUCCACAAAGGUCCAAGUGGAUCGGCAGAAGUAAAGACAUAGAAACUGGAGGCGUUCACUUUGUGUGGGGCCAUGAAAAAGGUAAGAUGAUGAAAGACCUCAAUGAGUCGCAGAUGGUCCUUCAUCAUUACCGCAGUUGUCUUUUCCUUACAGUAUACAAAGGGGCGAACGGGGUAGAUAUCCUUCAAAACGGAAAUCAGGCUAGCGAUUCGUACAUAACAAUGUACUUGAAAGACACACUUGAUUCUGAUGUGUUUGAGUUCGUGCGAUGGUUACUAAGACAAAGUUAGCAGACCUUGAGAUAAUUGCAAGUACAGUCGCAUUCCGCAUGAAAAGCAGCAAAGGCGCAAUAUACUGUUGGUCAGACUUUGCCGAAAAAAGAAGAAGAAAAAAAAAGAGAAUAAAAGAGAAGAAUCAGAGC